AUGGAUCUGCAGGAGAUUGUACGGAAGCUGCAACGGGAACUAACGUGUUCCAUUUGUCUCAAGAGUUUCUUAAACCCGACAACGCUUGCCUGCGGGCACAAUUUCUGCCAUUCCUGCCUUGAGAGUUACUGGGGCGAAUUUCCCACCAUAACUGCUUGUCCUCAGUGUAUGGAGAACACUCCUCAGCUGAGCUUCAUAACAAACGUCCAGCUGGCGAAUAUUACAAAACUGGUUGAAGAGUUGAGUCUUGAUAUAAAGCAAAUCACAGCAGAGGGCCGUGUGUGUAAGAAACACCCUCCAGCUCUCAAGGCUUUCUGCAAGAAUGAGCUCGUCCUCUUCUGUUCGAUGUGUGAUUCACCUCAGGAGCAUCUGACUCACGAUGUUGUCCCUGUGGCUGAAGCUGCCCGAGAGUACAAGGGCCAGUUGUUAAACGUCAUGAGGACUUUAAAGGAUGAAAAAGAAAGGAUUUCAAAAUAUCACUCGGACGAAAGAACCGAAGCUGCCUCCCUAAUUCAACAAUUAGAAGAAGAGAGACAAUUUGUCAUAGCUGAAUUUAAUGGAAUACGUCAGUUUUUGGAACAACAAGAGCACUUUCUGCUGCUUAGAGUUAUUGAAAACUUAGAGAAGGGAAUAAUGUGGGAAAAGGCUAAACAUGCAGCCGUCUUAUUCCGGGAAGUCUCAACUUUUGAUGAACUUAUCCAGACAGUCAAGGAGAAGUGCCAACAAUCAGCAGUUGAGCUUCUGCAGGAUGUGGGAAGCACUUUAAAGAGGUGCAAGCAAACACUUACGAAUCCAGUGUCGAUUCUUCCAUGGAUGAAAUUGAUAGUCUGGGAUUUAUUUGAUUUCAAUGCCUUCCUAGGGAUUCUCAUGAAACAAUUCAAAGAUGUCUUGGUAGCUGGAUAUCAGAUUCAUAAAGCAAAUGUGACUCUGGAUCCGGACACAGCUCAUCCCAGGCUCAUCCUCUCAGAAGAUCUUAAAAGCUGCUGGAUGGGAACAAAAAGCCAACAACUCGUCCAGGACAACAGGAGAUUUGACCACAUGAUGUGUGUGUUGGGGCGCGAGAGGUUCGUCACCGGCAGGCAUUAUUGGGAAGUUGCUGUGGAAAACGAGGGCGACUGGGGUGUUGGAGUUGCCCGAAGUUCAGUGAAGAGAAAGGGUGUUAAGGCCCUUUGUAAAAUGGAAGGGAUCUGGGCAAUGACAAAGCGUUAUGGCAGCUUGUGGGAGUACAUAAACCCCCCAGCGUUAAUCUCUGAGCCAAUACAUUGGGAGAUCAAGAAGAUUCGAGUCUCCCUGAACUACCAUGGAGGCCGAGUGGCUUUUUGUGAUGGCGAGAGAGGAAACCUGCUCCAUGCCUUCUCAGUAACUUCGUUUGCUGGAGAACCCAUUUACCCUUUUUUUUGGAUCCGGAAGAAAACCCGUAUCUCGAUUUGUCCCUAA